AUGUCUUGCUCCUCUCGCGUCUCCUCCUCCGGGACUGGGGGCAUCAGGGUGUCGGCCGGUGGGCGCUUGGGCAGUGUGGGCAAAUGUGGUGUCGGGGGUGGCUCUGCCUGGGGCUCCCAAAGAGGAGCCAGCAGCUGUGGCCUGAGCGGAGGGUCUACUUGCGGCUUUGGAGAGGGUUUGGUGAGCUUCUCUGGCGGGGGUGGUUUUGGAGCAGUCUCGGGCCCUGGAUUUGGUGGAGGCUCUGGAUUGGGCAGCGGUACCGGUGGCUAUGGGGGUGGCACAGGAGGCGGCCUUGGUGGUGGUGUCGGUAAUGGGGGGCUUUUCUCUGGAAAUGGAAAGCAAACCAUGCAGAACCUCAAUGACCGCUUGGCCAGCUACCUGGACAAGGUGCGCACCCUGGAGGAUGCCAACACCGAUCUGGAGGGUAAAAUCCAGGGCUGGUAUGAAAAGCACGGGCCUGGCUCUACAGAUGGUGGGUCUGAGAGAGACUACAGCAAAUACUACAAGACAAUCGAAGACCUCAAAAACCAGAUCGUUAGUGACACUAUCAAAAAUGCUGGAACCAUGUUGCAGAUUGACAAUGCCAGGCUGGCUGCCGAUGACUUCAGACUGAAGUAUGAGGAUGAGCUGUGCCUCCGGCAGUGUGUGGAGUCCGAUGUCACUGGCCUGAGGAAAGUUCUGGACGACCUGACCAUGACUCGCUCUGACUUGGAGAUGCAGAUAGAGAGUCUCACAGAGCAGCUGACCUACAUGAAGAAGAACCACGAGGAGGAAAUGAAGAGCGUGCAAGGGACCACCGGAGGAGAUGUGACCGUAGAAAUGAAUGCUGCCCCAGGUACCGACCUGAUCAAACUAUUGAACGACAUGCGGGCCCAGUAUGAGGAGCUGGCUGAGCAGAACCGGCGGGAGGUUGAGGAGCAGUUCAACCAGCAGAGCGCGUCGCUGAAAGCCCAGAUCUCUGCUGACGUGGGGGCAGCCAGUUCAGCCAAGAAUGAAGUGACAGAAGCGAGGCGCACCCUGCAAGCUCUGGAGAUCGAGCUUCAGGCUCAGCUGGCCACGAAAAGCUCUCUGGAAGGGACCCUGGCCGACACAGAGGCUGGCUACGUGGCUCGGCUGUUGGACAUUCAGCUGCGGAUCGGCAGUCUGGAGGAGCAGAUCUGCCAGAUCCGGGACAGUAACAAAUGCCAGAACGCGGAGUAUGAGCACCUGCUGGACGUCAAGACGCGGCUGGAGGCGGAGAUCGAGACCUACCGCCGCCUGCUCAGCGGAGAGGGAGGGAAAAUCAAAUUCUUUUCUCCUGGUGCUGUUGAUUACAGAAACUCCAGAGAUUUGGUAUCAGGUGACCCAAGGUCCAGAAGCGGUUCUGGUGAAGGAAGAGAUGCCAAUAAGACUAGAGUGACCAAGACCAUCAUAGAGGAGGUGGUCGAUGGCAAAGUUGUAUCAUCUCAAAUCAGCAAUAUUUCAGAAGUGAAAAUAAACUAA